AUGAAGUUCGCCUCCUUUGCCGUGGCGGCCACUCUCGCGUCGACCGUCUCGGCGUUCCCUUGGAUGGCUGCCGAGCACAACCAACAGCGCCGCGGUAUUGCUGCCAACGGUCUGUUUGAUAACGCCCAAGUCAACAAGCUUGUCGGCAUCGUGAAGAACAUGGACCCCGCCAAGCUCUCCAACCUCACGACUCAGCUCAAGGCCGGUAUGGACCAGGUCAACGCGCAGAUCAAGGCAGCCGGUGUGGAGAUCCCCUCGGGCAAGCUUCUCGACAAGGACUGGUCCAGUAUCACCCAGCAAGACAUUGAGCAGGCUUAUGGCCUCCGCCAGGGCAACGCCACAAAGCGAGGUUUGGCCCUCUGGGGUCUUGCUGAAGACGACAAGCACCCCUGGUACGCACCCCGUCCAGGUGACCUCCGUGGUCCCUGCCCCGGUCUCAACACGGCCGCCAACCACGGAUACCUUCCUCGCUCGGGUGUAGUUAACCCUCUUGAACUCUUUAUCGGCACGUGGGAGGCUCUCUCCCUCUCCCCCGAUUUGUGCGCCGUCCUUGCAGCGCUUUCUUUCCUCUUCAAGGGUGACCUCACCACCUUGACUCUUUCGAUCGGCACCAAACACGGUCUUGGUUCCGGUCUUGCCGACCACGGCGUUCUCGAGGGCGAUGCUUCAGUCACUCGUGAUGACCACUACUUUGGAAACGACUAUGACGCUGUUCCCAGCAAGGUUGCGCUCCUCCAGCGCGAGAUUGACCAGUAUGGAAACGGCGAGGUGACUCCCUGGUCGCUCGCCCACUCCCGCAAGCGUGCCUUUGACGACUCGAAGAAGCACAACCCCAACUUUGACUUUAACCCUUGGCGCAUGAUCGUCGCCUACGCCGAGUCUGGCUUUGUCAUGGAGGCGCUCCGCGGCGACUCGCUCACCUUCAACAACGAGCAGAUCGACUGGUGGUUCAACAAGGAGCGCUUCCCUCCCGGAUGGAGCCGUCGCGCCGUCCCCAUCACCAUCCCCGAGCUCCUUUCCUGGGCUGCCCUCAUCGAGGCCCUCGACCCCACUAUCCCCGGCUGGUCCAUCUUCGGCGUCUACACCGGCGACAUUACCACGUGGUUCAACAUCGCCGGAUGGUUCACUUCGCAGACCGGCGCCGAGUCCACCAUUGCGGGUGUUGGCUGCUCUAUCAGCAGCAUCUUCCUUGGAUGGUUCCCCACCAUGAUCUCGAACCUCUUCGUGGAGCUCGGCCUCCCAUACAUUAACGGCCUUGGCUGCUAA